GCCACCGAGGCUUAGGGUUGGAGUUCUACGUGUUGGCUGUGGAUCUAUGGCGGCGGCGGACAACGGCGGCGGUAGCGGUGGCGGCUCGGGGUCCCUCGAGACCCGGCCAGGGGUUCUCCUCGUCGGUUCCCCAAACGUUGGGAAAAGAACCCUCCUUUCGCGUUCGUACCCGUCUCUCCCUGCCUGCCACUAUUUCUUUGCAACCAUCUUUCGAUCUUCUCUUGUUGCUGUAAGUUGUCCACGUUCGAUCCGUCUACCAGUCUAUGUAAUCGACCAUAUGAAAUGAUCUCUUCUCUCCGUUUACUUCGGUUGCUACUAAGAUUCCGGUGAAGUUGCUCUUUUUUUAGGUUGUCUAUCGAUACUCGUGAAAGGGGGAAAUUUUCAGGAACAUUUGUGAAUGAUCGGCACCUCGUUAUGUGGAUUGCUUUCAAUUGAGUUUCCAGACACAUCCGACUUGUCAACAGGGGUCCUUUGUCAAGGGUGGACGAUUGACACUAAAUAUUACACUGCUGAUCUCUCUAUAUGGACAGCUCAUCUUGAUGAAGAGUUCUCAUUUAGAUCAUUGCCUAUUUCUAAGCAGCUGGAUGCCUUAGUGAUGGUUUUUGACAUGAAUGAUGAGUCCUCUUUUGUUGCCCUCCAAGAUUGGGUUGCCAAAACUGAUAUUAAAAAGUUUGAAAUAUUACUAUGCAUAGGAAACAAGGCAGAUCUUGUGACUGGUCACUAUGCCCAUACAGAGUAUAGAAGAUGCAUGCAGAAAUGUGGAGAGUCCAGUAGUGAUCCCCACCCUGAGUAUGUAGAUUAUGGGAUUGAUGAGACUGAGGCUUGUAGCUUACUGGAGAAUGAAGAACCAUCUUUGGAAAUUAGAAAGUCUUGUCUAGACUGGUGCAUCGAACAUAAUAUAGAGUAUAUUGAAGCUUGUGCCUCAAAUGCUGACUUUGAUAAAUGUCUUUCAGUUGAUGGUGAUAUGCAAGGUGUAGAUCGGUUGUAUGGAGCUCUGUCUGCUCAUAUGUGGCCUGGAAUGAUCCUGAAAUCUGGAAACAAAAUAAUAAAUCCAUCCUUAGUUGAGAAAGAAGAGUCCACAGAUGAUGAAUCAGAGUAUGAGAUCGAAUAUGAGGCUUUGUCUCAUGGUUCUGAUGAAGAGUGGAAUGACUAUAGUGAUGCCGUUGUGACGAGAAUGCAUAAUGAAACAGCAGAUGGGAUCAAUCAAGACCCAAAACAUGAAAUGUCUAAUAUUCAUGAAGCAGAAGUUGAAACCUCAUCAUCGACUCUGGCUCCUGGCAUCCCUAGUGUUUUUCCUAAUACUUCUGCCUUAGAAAGAGGAAUUGUAAUACAUGAGCCUAGUGCAGAAAUCAACAUUGUCGAGAACCUAGGAGGGAAGCAAGAGGGAGAAAUAUCUGUAGAACAGAAACCAGGAUCAAAUUUUGAGGAGCAAGAAGAGCUCGGAUCUGAUGUAGUCAACAUCAACGAUUUGGAUGAAGAUGCACAUUAUGGUCUGGAUGAUCUAGAAAGGCUAAUGUUUGAGAUCGGUAACAUGCGAGACAACUUGAGGCUGAUGCCUGAUUUUCAAAGGAGAGAAAUGGCUGCAAACCUAGCUAUGAAAAUGGCUGCCAUGUUUGGAGAUGUCAGUGAUGAUGAAAAUGGGUUAUAAUGUUGCGAAAUGGCUAGGUUUUCCAAAUGCUCACACAAUCAAAUGUAUCAUCUUGAAGAUGGUUAACGAUGCCAGUGCUGGGGUUAUCUACUGCAGCUGUUAUGUCAAGCCCAUCUUAUGUCCUAAGGGGUUUCAUUGAUUGUUGAUCCUUGGUUAAUGGCUUGUGAAUUUGUCUCCUUCAACGUUGGCUUUGUUUCUUUGAUAGUGGUGGUGCGAUAUGGUUUCCCUUGAUCCUCUCUUUCAUGUGUCUCCAGUAUUACACGUUUUGAAGUAGGGGAAUAGGCAACUUGAAUUGGAAUGUUUGUAUUUAGUAGUUGAUCCCGAAUAACUGAAACUUAUAUCAGCAAUAGUAGAUCUCAUUGUAUUCAAUCAAUGAAUAAUGUCUUGUUAUCGAUCAUUAGUUGAAAGUGAAGAUCAUACUUAUUCAA